AUGGCCAAGACAAGAGGAGCCCAUGUCAUGUCUCUAUCAGCCAGCAAUCCAAGGCCAAGAGCUUCACCUGUGCGGGAUUCCACAUCUAAGGCUCCACAGGCCUUUGCUACUCCACCUUCUGAGGGUAAAGUGCCAUCUAGCCCUCUUCAUCGCAGGUACGAGAUGAGGAGACCACCCACUACACCUAAGCUAUUCACUCUCGACAAAUGGAAUCAUUUGACGGCCUAUGUUGCACCCCUAAGAGCCCCAGAUAUGCCAGCACCCCCAAAGUUACCAGAAGAUGAGCAACCACCACAGGCACAGCAGGUUGAGAUACCUACAGAGAUCAUACCACCUGCCCCUGUAGCACCUUCUACAAUGCCCACACCUGAGGCUACAUCUUUUGCUCCUCCUACCAUGCCUCAAGCUCCACCAGUUGUACCAGCUACAUCAGCACCUCCUCCAUCUAAGUCUUUUAUCACCAUAUCCAGUUCAGAGUUUAGAGGCCUGUGUCAUACAUUGCAGACAUUGAGCACUACUCAAAGUGUUCUCACCUAA